GGCUUGGACAAUGCCUUCUUUUAAAUUGACCCUUAGGUUCUCUCUUCUUCAACACAACUAUUUCCCAUUUCCAAAAGCUUCUAUUCUUUUUUUUUUUCCUCCAAAAGUUUUCAAUAUGGAGUUAGCUUUGAGCUUAGGAGGGGAUAAUACCCCAAAACCAAUAUUGUUUCUUGAAAAAUCAUCAUCAUCUUCUUCUUCUUUACAUGAGAAUAAGGUGAACAAAGAUGUAGGGUUUUGCAUGGUUUUUGGGAAGUCAUGUAAUGAAGGUGAAGAUGAAGUUGGAAGAAAAAAAAGAUCAAGAAAUCAUCAAGAUAUUUGGUCAUCAUCAAUAGAUCCAUCACUUCAACUUGAUCUCAUCCCUUUUUCUCAUGGAGUUUCUAAGAACACUUCUUCACAACUUUCCUUCCCUUGGCUCUCUCAAAAUUUAGCUACUGAACCGGCCGGUUUAACAAGUGGACCGGCGUUGGACAUGACUAACCGGCGGCAGUUAGUGGUGGCGGAGGAGGCGGAGGAAGGGGCGGCGCUAUCGUCUCCGAAUAGUGAAAUAUCAAGUUUUCAGAUGAACUUUCCGAUUUAUAGAAACGGAAAGUUAAUAAAUAUGAAGAAAGAUCAAUGUGAACGCGAUCGCGAUAAUAAUCGAUGGGGUAAUAUUAAUAAUUAUUCUUGUUCAAGAAUAAGUGAUGAAGAAUUAGAUGCAUCAGCAAGAAAAAAACUUAGACUUACAAAAGAACAAUCUGCUUUUCUUGAAGAAAGUUUCAAAGAACACAACACUCUCAAUCCUAAACAGAAGCUUGCUCUAGCAAAACAAUUAAAUCUUCGUCCAAGACAAGUGGAAGUUUGGUUCCAAAAUAGAAGAGCAAGGACAAAAUUGAAGCAGACAGAGGUAGAUUGUGAAUAUUUAAAGAAAUGUUGUGAGACAUUGACAGAAGAGAAUAAAAGGCUGCACAAAGAGCUUCAAGAAUUAAGAGCUUUAAAAUCUUCACAACCUUUUUACAUGCAACUUCCUGCCACCACUCUCACUAUGUGUCCUUCGUGUGAGCGCGUCGUUACCACCUCUGCUAUCACAACCAUCACUACUACGACACCUGCCACGACUACUACCACCACCGUGGCCGCCUCGAACACGGUGGCACUUCAUAAUCAUAAGUUGAUAAGUGUGAUGACAAAGUGAGUGUACAAAUUAUUAGGAUUUUGACUUAGGUGUUUAAUUUUUGCUUAUUGUUUUUUUUUUUAUGAACUAUAGUUUUUAAACUAUACAUUGUGAUGGUGAGUUUAGAACUAGCUAGCUAGGCAAGAAGUUUGGGAGGAAUUUAAUUUAGAGGUUUUAAUUAAGAGGAAAAAAAAAUUAUUGCUUGGAAUUUUGAUGUUUUAGUAAUUAGAAGAAAGAAAUAAGUUAUUUUUCCUUAAUUUUAUAUGAUGAAUAAUCUAAAUUAAGUAAUAUUGCUAAUGGUUUGGAUGUGUGA